GUCAAGCCCUGCCCUUUCCCUGGGUCGGGCAGUCUCCACCGCCAUGUGAUCCUGGGGCUGCCGGGACAGCUGGGGCAAGCGGGGGUCGCGGGCGUCCCUGGGCGGGGGCGACAUGGAGCGGAGGUGGGUCUUCGUGCUGCUGGACGUGCUGUGCGUGUUGGUCGCCUCUCUGCCUUUCAUCAUCCUGACCCUGGUGAAUGCACCAUAUAAGCGAGGGUUCUACUGUGGAGAUGACUCCAUCCGGUACCCGUACCGUCCAGACACAAUCACCCAUGGACUCAUGGCUGGUGUCAUCAUUACAGCGACUGUCGUCCUUGUCUCAUUGGGAGAAGCCUACCUGGUGUACACAGACCGUCUCUAUUCGCGUUCCAACUUCAACAACUAUGUGGCUGCUAUCUACAAGGUGCUGGGAACCUUCCUGUUCGGUGCUGCUGUGAGCCAGUCUCUGACCGACCUAGCCAAGUACAUGAUUGGCCGUCUUCGACCCAGUUUCUUGGCUGUCUGUGACCCUGACUGGAGCCGGGUCAACUGCUCUGGCUAUGUGCAGCUGGAGGUGUGCAGGGGCAGCCCUGCUAAUGUCACCGAGGCCAGGCUGUCCUUCUACUCUGGCCACUCCUCCUUUGGCAUGUAUUGCAUGUUGUUCCUGGCGCUAUAUGUGCAGGCCCGGCUCUGCUGGAAGUGGGCACGGCUGCUGAGGCCCACCGUUCAGUUCUUCUUGGUGGCCUUUGCAAUCUAUGUGGGCUAUACCCGAGUGUCUGACCACAAGCACCACUGGAGUGAUGUUCUUGUCGGCCUCCUGCAGGGAGCCCUGGUGGCCUGCCUCACGGUCCGCUAUGUUUCAGAUUUCUUCAAAAGCCGGCCACCCCAGCCCUGCCAGGAGGAUGAAGAACCGGAGCGCAAGCCCAGUCUGUCACUGACGCUGACCCUUGGUGACCGACCCUAGCUGCUAUGAGUGCCCUGUCUCUUCCUGGUUUGGAAGCUGGGAAGUCACCUGUGGGCCAGUCCUGUAUUGGCCCCUUACCCCUGAUCAGGCACUACUGACUUUGGAGCUGUCCCAGGGUCCCAGCUGGUGACUGUGGACCAAGGUCUUGGGUGCCUGUCUGGCCCUGAGUGUUGGCAGGGUCCAUCCUCAUCGUUCCUUUGCUAUCGCAUGACCUCAAAAGAUGUGGUCCUGCUCUGAGGCCUGUCUCCCAUCUCCAGUGGGUUUUCAAGGAGGGCCAUCCCAGCAUGGCUCCCGAAGUGUUUGGUCCGAGACUGUUCAUAAAGACAGCACCCUCCUUGACGGCCCUGAAGGUGAUGAACACCAUGUUUGCUUGGGUGGGGCAGUUGGCCUUGGGCAAGGAUCACAAGUGUGAAGAUGGCUGCCAACCCUUGGGCUGCCUAGGAGUCCAGGUUGCCUGGAAAAUCACACAUAGUUUUUGGUCUGAAUCCUUUUCUCAAGCCUGUGGAAGAUUACCUCUCGAGGCCUCCAAGCCCCUUCCUCAGACUUGAUGUUUUGUCCUGUCCCCACUCUGUCCAUAUGAACCAAAUGUGUAGCCAGGCAUUGGAAGUAGGUCCUGGAUCUGCCAUUCCCAUCUGUUUCAAAACACUUGAAGUUACUGUUUCAUGCGAGGGUGUGUUAUAAACUUUGUACCAAAUGUC